UCUGGUGCUUUCACAGGGCACAGACAGAUGAAAGCCCUCAGCAGCCCCAGCAACUCCAGCACCAUCACUGGCUUCAUCCUCCUGGGCUUCCCCUGCUCCAGGGAGGGGCAGAUCCUCCUCUUUGUGCUCUUCUUCAUUGUCUACCUCCUUACCCUCAUGGGCAAUGCUUCCAUCAUCUGUGCUGUGUGCUGUGAUCAGAAACUCCACACUCCCAUGUACCUCCUGCUGGCCAACUUCUCUUUCCUGGAGAUCUGGUAUGUCACCUCCACAGUCCCCAACAUGUUGGCCAACUUCCUCUCUGACACCAAGGUCAUCUCUUUCUCUGGAUGCUUCCUGCAGUUCUAUUUCUUCUUCUCCUUGGGGUCUACAGAAUGCUUUUUUCUGGCAGUCAUGGCAUUUGAUCGCUACCUUGCCAUCUGCAGACCAUUACAUUAUCCUGCUCUCAUGACUGGGCGCCUCUGCAACACUCUUGUGAUCAGUUGCUGGGUGCUUGGUUUCCUCUGGUUCCCUGUUCCCAUCAUCAUCAUCUCCCAGAUGUCCUUCUGUGGGUCCAGAAUUAUAGACCACUUCCUGUGUGACCCAGGUCCUCUGUUGGCCCUCACCUGUGUGAGAGAUUCUUUAAUUGAGCUGACUAGCUCUACUUUAAGUUCUCUGCUUUUAUUCGUUCCAUUUUUCUUUAUCACGGGGUCUUAUGCCCUAGUAAUGAGGGCUGUGCUGAGGGUCCCUUCAGCAGAUGGACGAAGAAAGGCCUUCUCCACUUGUGGUUCACACUUGACUGUGGUUUCUCUUUUCUAUGGCUCAGUGAUGGUCAUGUAUGUGAGCCCAACAUCUGAACAUGCAGCUGGAGUGCAGAAACUUGUGACUCUAUUUUAUUCUGUGGUUACUCCACUCCUUAAUCCUGUGAUAUACAGUCUGAGGAACAGAGAUAUGAAACAUGCAAUGAAGAAAAUACUAAAAAUGUAA